AUGGAGAAUGAUCGACGCCCGGUCUAUUCUCAUUGCUGGAAGGACAACCACACUUUCGUCGAAUGUUAUAAGAAGCGGAAUGUGUGCCUCAGGUGUGACAAGCCCGACCAUUGGGUUAAGGAUUACCCUAUGAUGAAGAUAAAGGAUCGAUUAAAGACGCAAGGACGAGUGCUUUCCCUCACCGAACAAGAAGCUAAGGCAUCCACCUCAGUGAUUAGAGGUACGAUCUCUAGUUGUGGUGCUAAAGCUAGAGUCUUAAUUGACCCUGGUUCCUCUCACUCUUUUAUCGCACCCCGUUUUACGUGCUAUUUAAGUUUUGAGUUUGCAUGUCUUGAUUUUACUCUAGUAGUGUGCAUGUCUGUGGGGGAUUCUAUGGAAACUGAUAGGAUUUAUAGACAGUGUGGAAUUACAAUUGAUGGGUGUGACCUGCCUGUGAACUUGAUCAUUCUAGAUAUUCAGGAUUUUGAUGUUAUUCUGGGCAUGGAUUGGUUGUAUAAGCACCAUGCCACCGUCAAUUGCCAUGAAAAGAUGGUGACCUUUAAACGCUCUGGUCAAAUUGAGCUACACUUCGAGGGCACUAGGGAUACUCUCCCUCUACACUUUAUUUCUGCUCUUUGGGCCUCUCGCCUCCUGGCUAAUAGCUAG